AUGUACACGCGUGAUGUCAGUGACCGUAUUAGCGGCAUCUCCGCAGCGGACCUUGCGCAGCGCUUGGUCGAGGUUUCGGCGAGGAACACUGCACGGGAUGGUGCCCUUAGCCCGAGCGUUUGCCAGCGGCCGCUACCACACUGUGUGAGUGCACUGCUUUGGGAUGCGAAGUGCGCUGGGGCAGCCCCGCCGCGGACGGCGCUGUUGCGCGGUGACGUGGUGGACAUGACGUCAUCUGUGUCGGAUGCGACGCUCUCUUGCGUCGCACUUUCAGACGAUGUGCGAUUCCGCUUUGCCCGCUCACGGCACAGGCGCCUGACAGGGAUCCUCUCAUCGACAGCGGCGCCCUUACCGCCCCGAAUGUGCCGCGUCGACGUGACCCACUUCUACUGGAUGGACGAGUGCGCGCCGGGACUGACGUACGAUGACCAGUCGGUGCUGUCGACGGUGCUGCAGAAACGGAUUGUGCAGUGGGCCGUAAGCGCCUUCGCGCGGAAUCCACUGCUGCGCAACAUAUCCCUGCAAGCCCUUGAAGCCGUGUUUCCCGCGCUGCUUGCUUUCUCACCGCGCGAACGCGAGGAGCUUCUUAAGCACGCUGCAGAGCUUCUCGGUCAAGGGACACUCAUUUGGUACGGUCAGGCAAUGAUCAAGCAGUUCCACGAAAGCGCCGCCUCACUUGCUCUUUCCCUCCUCACAUCCAGUGAGGAACGCUGCUCCGCGGCGCUCCUAUUCGCGCUAGCAACGGCGCAGGAAGUUAUGGGCGCUCGACGUGAUGACGCUGCCCAGGCACUUCGGUUUCUCCUCGAGGUGUACGGCGUGCGCGGCGUGGCGCUAUCGCCAGCGCUGACAACCGCAGCGCUGCUCGUGUCCCGGGCAACGGUGCCGCUCUGCACCCGCCGAUGCUUGGGAGCAGGAUCACGUCAGCACCAUCUACUCCAGCCCUACCUCUUUCCACUAUCCUGCGCCCAUGUGGAAACGCUGCCGUGGAUUCCACACAACACCCACACCUCAUCCCCCGAGCACCUCCGAGAGCUCGUACGCCGUGCGCGUGAAGCCGCAGCUGCGGUACUCGCAACGGCAGCGCCGUGCACCGCCACCACGGCUCAAAAGCGCCAUGCGCACGAGGACGACGUCAACGCGUUCUUCUCCGCAAAUCACGCGCUCGAAAUACACCGCGACACACUCGUCACCCAUGCCAGUGGCGACGUCCCCUCUUCGUUACCUGCACUCAAGGCGGCCGACAGCGGUGCCGCGGCGCGUUCACGCCUGCUGGAAGCGGCGCCCAAGUGGUGGGAGCAGGAGGCGAAAGCGAGCAAUAGCGACACGGCUCGUGAGGAGACAGAGCUGAAGCUCCAUGUGAAGGCCGCGGCAGCGGAGCUGCGCGAGCCGCACGGCAGUGACCACGCGUUGCUUGCCGUCAUCCACCGCACGCGCAAACGUCAGCGCAACCGUGAGCAGCCCACGGCGCAGACGGUGGAAGCGGCGCUGGAGGGUGCGGCGAUUCGGUUGAAGCGACGCGCCUUUCUACAGCUCGUGGACAUUUUCGCGCUCAACGCGCACACCGAGGACCGCGACGGAAAGGCGCGCCAGUACCUCGAACAGCACCACGUAGCCGAGGCGCAGAUCCGCGACUUCACCACGCUUUUGUCGUCCACGCGCAAGACGUGA